UCUAAGCAGCUGGUCAUAUGACAACAACAACAAGAUGUCUUGACAAUUCAGAGUUGUUUUCGUCAUCUAAAAACAGAUAGUUACCAUCUAAUUCUGCUUUCAAACAGUACAUUGUAAUCAUGGCAGGCGAUAUCGGUGAAGUAGGCACACACUAUUCAAAAAGUGUGGGGCUGAUUUAUGUCUUCAACCUGAUUGUUGGGACAGGAGCUCUCACAAUGCCAAAAGCUUUUGAGCAGGCAGGAUGGAUACUGAGCCUCAUCACAAUUAUCAUACUGUCUUUCAUGAGUUUUCUGACAGUUACGUUUGUCACAGAAGCCAUGGGUAUAGCUAAUGCUUUACUGAAGAAGAAAGACACACAAAAAGCUAGUAUAAAUGUUGAUGAUGAAGAUGAAGAUGAGGAGGAUCAGCCAUUAUUGCCUCAUAACAGACUUGUCAAUGCUGAACAUCCAGACACAAAUCCAUUUGAAAUUUCAAUGAGGACAGAACUGGGUCAUAUGGCUGGGUUGUUUUUCAACAAAAUUGGGAUUUUGGUGUUUAACCUAUGUAUUGUGAUAUACCUAUAUGGAGACCUGUCUAUCUAUGCUGCAGCUGUACCAAAAUCUAUCAGGGAUAUUGCUUGUACAUACAAGCAUCAACAUAAUGCUUCAGACUGCAGUGAUACAGUACUAACAGACAGUGAUCUAUGUUGGUCCUCUAGCACACUGACCAGAAUGUCCAUGUACAGAAUCUGUGUGGCUGGGUUUUUCCUGUUACUAGGUGGUUUUACAUUCUUCAAUGUACAAAAGACUAAAUACCUACAGUUGGUGACAACAGCAUCACGAUGGCUUGCAUUUGGAAUGAUGAUUGUUCUGGCUGUUAUACGACUGGACAAAAAGAAAGGUCAAGGUCACCCACCGUACGCUGAUAUUUCAGGAAUACCAAAUUUAUUCGGAGUAUGCGUGUAUUCAUUCAUGUGUCAUCACUCUCUGCCAUCUUUAAUUACACCAAUCAAGAACAAAUCAAAACUUUACCACCUGUUAGCCUGUGAUUAUGUUUUAAUCUUGAUAUUUUACCUGUUGUUGUCUCUGACGGGUAUUUAUUCUUUUAAUGAACUGAACGAUAUUUACACUCUAAACUUUUUACCAGACCCAUGUGAUGAGUCUAAGUCUAUAACAGACGUGAAGUUUAUACAAUAUUUUUUAGCGUUGUUUCCUGUUUUCACACUCAGCACAAACUUUCCAAUUAUUUCAAUAACAUUACGCAAUAAUUUGAAAGCAAUAGGAUACAAAGAAGACAGGCCAUAUACAUGGUGUGUAGACAGGAUUUUCUUCCCUUUGUUAGCAUUAGUUCCUCCACUUGGUAUUGCGCUGGCAACCAAUCAUGUUGAAUUUCUAGUAGGAAUUACUGGUUCCUAUGCAGGAGCAGGGAUACAGUAUGUGAUUCCAGCAGUGUUAGUGUUCUGUGCCAGGAAGCAGACGUCAAUGCUAUUUUCAGAAAAGAAUAUACAUGUGUCACCUUUUAAAGGAAAGUUUUGGAUUGUAUUUGUAUGUAUAUGGGCUGUUGUUUGUAUGGCAUUUGUAACUGUCAAUCAUAUAAUAAGUGGUAAAUAAUUCCUUAACUGUGAUAUAGCUAUAUAGGCAGUGAUUUGCUUUUUAUACAGCGUUUUUUUAUUAUGGACUAUUUGAAGAGGAAGGGGUAUAUUUUUUUGUUCAUGUCGGCUUGUUGGGCCAUUCCUUGGGCCAUGUGGUUUCUGAUUGGUAACUGGAGAAAGCUCGGACAGAUCAAAAACUGCAGAAUGCAUGGGUUAUUAGACAUUUAGACAGAAAACCUUUUCCUUUCAAGAGCUGGGCAACACAGUAAACCUAAAAAAGACGAUACCUUUGUGCCAGUAGAUGACCCCUUUAUUAAGUAUUACUGAGUAAAUGGUCAAGGUCACAGUGUUCUUUUAAUUACAUACGCAGUAAUCUUCAGUAGGCUUUCAUUGAGAGGAUAUAUAAUUUAAUAUGUUGGAAUAUACAAACAGCUAUUUUUUAAAAAAAAGAUCCUAGAUUUGGAGAAUUGAAACAUUAAUGAGAAAGUUACAAAGAUUUCAUUUACAGACUUCAUCUCAUAAAAGUUACCCUGAAGAUCUCUGGUUGUGGUAAAAGAUUUUUUGUAAAGACUUCUCAAAGCUGGUAUCAUUUUCAUGUGUUAUAUUUCUUCUUAUGCGUUUAUCUUUCUUUAGUCAAUGUAUCAUCUCUACAAUUUUGUGUCUGUUUUAUCUGUUACCCUUACCUCUUCUGUAUCCUAACAAAAUUUUCUUGUAUGUUUUAAUUCUUGUUUCAUGCAAUAUCUUUUAGAUUUUUCUAUUGUAAUUUGUUAAGUGCAAUUUACUUUUAAUGUUAUUAUUACUAUUCUUCUUUGCUGUGUUGUUUAAGAUUUGUUUUAUAUAUUUUAACAGACUUUCUGGUUUAUAGUUUAAAAGGGCAUGUUUUAAAUUUAAAUUUCAAACAGUUUAAAAGGUGUUUUUAUUAUGUAUUUAUUUUGUGAAUGCUAGUUAUAAGUAACCUUAAGUUGAUUCAGUGAGGCCCAAGCAGUGUUGAAUGAAACCAGACUUCAUUUUCAAAAAUAGUGAUUUAUUUGUAUGUUAUAUCUGUUUUGAAUGUUUUUUAGCUCACCUGUCACAUAGUGACAAGGUGAGCUUUUGUGAUCACCCUUCGUCCGUCGUUCGGCGUCAGUCCGUGCGUCCGACCAUGCGUGCGUCAACAGUUUCUUGUCUGCAUGAUAAUGGUUUCAUUUAUGAUUUUAUUUUAACCAAACUUGCACACAACUUGUAUCACCAUAAGAUCUCAGUUCCUUUCUUGAACUGGCCAGAUCCCAUUAUGGGUUCCAGAGUUAUGGCCCCUGAAAGGGCCAAAAUUAGCUAUUUUGACCUUGUCUGCACAAUAGCAGCUUUAUUUAUAACUUGAUUUUUACCAAACUGGCACACAACUUGUAUCACCAUAAGAUCUUGAUUCCUUUCUUGAACUGGCCAGAUUCCAAUAUGGGUUCAAGAGUUAUGGCCCCUGAAAGGGCCAGAAUUAGCUAUUUUAACCUUGUCUGCACAAUAGCAGCUUCAUUUAUGAUUUGAAUUUAAUCAAACAUGCACAAAACUUGUGUCACCAUAAGAUCUCAGUUCCUUUUUUAAACCGGCCGGAUCCCUUAAUGGGUUCCAGAGUUAUGGCUCCUUAAAGGUUCAAAAUUGGCUAUUUUGGCUUUUGCAGCCAUAUAGAUACUUCAUUUAUGGUUUUAUUUGAUACAAACUUCCAAAAUAUCUUUAACAACAAUAAAUCUUGGAUUCCAUGACAAAUCAGAUCCAAUCGUAGGUUCCAGAGUUAUUUUAUAUCUGAUUACCUGCCCUGAUUGUAAUCAAAAUGGAUUAAUAUCAGUAAGAUCUUAUAGGACUUAUUUGAAAUUUCAUUAUUGUCAUUAGUUGGACUGAGCCAAUGAGGGUAGAUAACUAUGGACUGAUUUUAUGUCAAAUUACCUCCCUUUAUUUCAAAUUAAAAUGGGUAUAUCUCCGUAACUAAUGAAGAUACUGAUCUGAAAUUUCAUUUAUGUCAACAGAUUUAUUUGGCAGAUCCUUCUUUUGUUCACUUACAAUAAUUUUUUUUUUUAAUUACUUCCCUUUUAUGUUACUAUAAAUAGCUUAUUCUUAGUAACUUUUUUAUUAUUGGCCGUAGGGAAAAACCGAGACCACUUUUCUAUGGUACAACAUGGAUGGUACCUCCAAUUUUUAGGUGUAUUUUGACAUAUCUGUACCUUGUAAGAAUUUUUUUUCUUUUUGGUUAAAUUUCUUCUCUUUGUUGUUCCUGUCCUUUGUGGAUUUAGAUAUUUUUUCUGAGGACCUUCUUGUCCUCAAGUGCAAUGAUAACAGGUGAGCGAUAUAGGGCCAUCAUGGCCCUCUUGUUUUUAUUUGUGACAGAUGUAAAUCUGGCGUCUCGGCACAUCAAGACUUUGAAAAAAAUUUGUUCUAAGAAGGGUCUGGUAUUGUGGUAUAUCAGCAUGCCACUUUGCAGAUUAAUUAUGCUAUAAUGGUGACCUUGGCUAAAAGACAGUGUACUCAAAAACCACAAGAAACAAUUGAUAUUUUAACUGCAACAGAGAAAGUCAUGUUAAUUGAGAAAGGUAAAAGUCAGCCGUGUAUUGGUGCCAGUGCUACUUUAGAACUUUCUUUGAAAACGGUUUUUGCACAUUUUUAGAAUAGAAAGCAAUAUUUUUGGGAAAAUCCAAUAUUUUACAAUUCACUUAAGAACAUUUAUAGGUAUUCUUCAAAUUAGGUCUAAUAUAACAGUUUAUGCUCUGCAGUCUGUAAUGAAAUAAAUUUCAUGAAAAGACAAAAAAAAUUUAAAAAUUGAAUAUUUAUGUUUUAGGUAAUGAAAGAAAAAUUAUUUAUUUUGGCCAGCUCAUACAUUUUUAGCUCCACUAUUCGGAGAAUAGGGGGACUAUUCUACUCGCCCCAGCAUCGGCGUUAGCUUUCUUGGUUAAAAUUUUUUCGGCAACUUUUGUUUUCCUGUCAUAUCUUUCUUACUAUUGCUUAUAUCUUACUGUAACUUCACAUAAACAUUGUUCAGAAUACAAACAUGCAGGGGCUGGGCCCAUUAUACCCAAAGUCAAGGUCACCAAGGUGUUAUUUUUAAGGUUAAAGUUUUUCGGCAACCUUUGUUUUUCUGUCAUAUCUUUGUUACUAUUGCUUAGAUCUUACUGUAAUUUCACAUAAACAUUGUCCAGCAUACAAACAAAGAAUGUGCAGGGGCUGGGCCCAUUAUACCUAAGGUCAAGGUCACAAAGUUUUUUUUUUUUUUUUAUAAUUUAUUUCCAUUUCCACAUCCAAAGUAUCAUACAUUCAUCACAAACAUUGAUUUUAUGUGCCAAAAAAAGAUAUUUACAUAGAAUAUCAAGCGUAGCUGGAGAAAUAAUUCUAUCUACAUAAACAAGAUUUUUUUGAAAGUUUACAUGUCUAUUCAAAAAAGAAAUAAAUUUACCUACAUAAACAGUGUAUAAAUGUACAUGUCUAAGCAAAUAAACAUUGUUCAUUAUCAUCAAGUAGUAUCAUCUUGUAUUCAUAUGGAAACCAUUCUAAAAAGAUAGACUAAUAAUAUAUUAACAGUGAAAAGACCGUACACAUGAUCAGAUAGUUUUUCAAAUGCUGUUUGAGUAACUUAUCAGUAAAUAAACUUAACUUGCAAUGUUUGAGUCUACAUUAAUAUCGUUAAUAGUUGUAUUAUAAUUUGUUAUCCUUGCUCGAAAGAAAAAGAAGCGAGUACGAAAAUAACAAGGACAAAUUGACGAGUAGGUUCCAGAAAUCCAAUUACACACAAUAAAUUAGCAGCUUAAUAAGCAUACAUAGUUACCUUGCUUAGCUUAACUGCAAGGUUUUUUAUCAUUAACAUGAUAUUGAUCUAGGGGAGAAAACUCUUAACAGAUACUUUUCGGUGGAGAUUGCAGAGUUGCAUAUCUUCUCUAAAAUAACUUAUUCAACAAGUUAUAUGUGAAAAAAAAAGGAGAAAAAAUGUAGUUUAAAAAGUACAAGGUCAGAAUGGAAAAGAGUCAGUAAAAAUAUCCAUUAAUGAAAAGCUAGAAUGUUUCAUAGAUAGCAUGUAAUUCAGACCUAAGUUAAUUUUUUAUUGAGAAACAAAAACAGAACAAAGAAAAAAAACAGACAACAGGCGCAGUCACUAUGAAGCCCCAGACCCACGUGUUACACUUCACCAUCUACAAAUAGAGUCCUAAAACUUCUCCAUUUUCUAUCAAAGCUAUUCAUGUUUUGGGAUUUUUAGCAACAUACUUCUCAGUUUUCAAAUGUAUUCUUAAACUAUUAAUAAACAUCUGUAAGGUAGGAACCGCCACCUUAAAUUUACUUUGAUAAAUAGUGUAUUUUCCAAGCAGCAUUAAUAAUAGAGUAGCUGCACUGAAAUUUGAAUUACCUAAUAAAAUAUCUGAUAUUGACCAGUCAAUAUCUGCAUUAGGACAUUUUCUUUUUAUCCAUCUUUUGACUUCUUCCCAAAAUGUUAGUGAAAUUUGACAGUCAUUUUCAUUUUUUUCUAAACUUUUGAGUUUAAAUUCAAAAUUGUAAUUAAUAAAAAUUGCUACCCCUCUUGACUGGCUACUGAAGUUGCUAAAGUAACACUCAAAACCCCACUGGCUACAAAUAAAAUUAAUCUCUUUAUCAGUAAAGUGAGUAUCUUGUAAAAAGUACAUAUUGAAUUUCUUCCCUUUCAGAUAAUUUAACAGAUCUUUUCUUUUCCUACCAUCUCCUAGACCUUGUACAUUCAUAGAAACAAAGGUCAAACACUCAGUCAUUGUCGCCUGAGUAAUUAAAAUAGGUAACUAAAACCACCCACACAAAGUACUGUGAGUCAAACAGUGUAGGACAAGGAUUCGAAACUCCAUAGAGACUGCACAAUCGUUUGAAAAAAAAAAAGACGAAGUAUAAGCAUCAGUGUUUUGUCAAAACUGAAAGCUGUUAAUACUCUCUUAGUAUUGAGAACAAGGUCACAAAGUUGUUAUACUUAGGAUUAUUUUCAUGUUUAAGUUUUUCGAAAGCUUCGUUUAUAGACAUAUCUUUGGUAUCUUAAAAGAUAAUUACUUGAAAUUAAAAAAAAAAAUCUUUAUAAUCAGCAUCUGCAUGUGUGGUUACAAUCCCCAUAAGUCUUACUGUAUUUUUGACAGAAUUAUGCCCCUUUCAUACUUGAUUGUUUUUGGCAGUCUUCGCUUUCUGGAUAUAACAAGUACAGUAUAAGAUAAAGACUUGAAACUUAAAAUGUAUCUUUAUCAUCAUCAUCUGCAUGUGUGGUUACAAUCCCCAUAACUCUGAUUUAUAUUUUGAACCAAAUUAUGCCCCUUUCAUACUUAUUUAUUUUUUUUUACAAACUUCGUUUUCUGGACAUAACUGGUACUAUAUAAGAUAAUGACUUUAAACUCAAAAUAUAUCUUUACCAUCAUCAUCUGCAUGUGUGGUAACAAUCCCAACAACUCUAAAUUGUGUUCUUGACAGAAUUAUGCCUCUUAUGUAUCAUCCUUUUAAAGGUAGAGGUCUCUUAUUGAAACAUAUAUUAAUUUUACGGUCAAAUCACCAAAUAGUGGAGCACGCUGUCUUAUGGAUGGCUCUUGUCACAUACAAUGGUCAAAUGUGAACUAAAACUUAAACUUUACUAAAAAUUAAAGUUUUAUGAAUAAAAUUUCACAUAAAACUUCAGGAAUUUUGUUACAGUUGUUUGCAUUUUGAAUUUAAAUCUGAUUGUAAAAACAGAUUUUAUGUACUAGGAAAUCAGACAAGAAAACACAGAAUUUGUCUAGACCCAUUCUCUUUAGAUACAUAUUGAAAUGCUUGAUUAUUUUCAUUUUAGCUCACUAGAGCACAAAAUGCUCAAGGUGAACUAUUGCAGUCAGUUUGUGUCCAUUGUUGGCAUCAGUAUUUUCUUAUGACAUCUCCACUUAAAUCGUUUGGUGGAAAUUGAUGAAACUUAGCCUGGAUGUUACUCGGAUGGUUGUCUUCUAAAAUUAUUAAAACUGAUUUGGAUGGUUGCUUGUAGUUUUUUUUACAAAUUAGAAUAAUUGAAACAAUCUUUGUAAAGGGCUGCCUAAGUAACAUUGUAUAAAAUUGUUUCAAAAUCAGUCAAGCAGUUCUUGACUUGAAGAAUGUAGAAGUUUUCACUUCGAUUUCAUACAAAUAUUUCCUGGGACACUCUUUCCCAAGGUUGUUAAAACUAUUUUGAUUUGUCAAAAAAAAAUCAUGGCUGUAAGCGGGCAUGUGUUUACGUAUAUAGUGGUAAAUUUAAAUAUCUCUCUGUCAGAAAUUGCUAGCUUUAUUUCAGAAUUAUUUUACUGGAUUUUUUCUUGGUUGACCCUCUUUCAGAAUUGUUCUGAUUACUCACAUUCAUUAAAAAGCAAGGUUGCCAGAUUCACUAUAAGCAGAGUGGUGGAACCUAUGCUCGCGGUAUUCCUAUGCUCAAAGUAUUUCGAUAGAUAUGCUUUCUGCAGAAGCACUGAUGAAAAUAUUUCAUCAUGCUAUGUUCAACACCGACCAGUGGUGAAAUGCCUUUACAACAAAUGUAGCAAUAGCCGUGUGUGCCGCUCACGUGACGUAUACAGCAGCCGGUACAUUUUACGCAAUCUGUAUCCGUCGCACAAAUCUCACACAAAUAUUUCAAAAUCACUCAAAUAAAGUUAGUUUUUUAGAAAUCAUGCAUUACAUUCAGAUAUAAGAUACAUUUAAGAGAAAGAUGUGAUGAAUGUGAUGCCUGGCUACACAACGAGUGCCUUUCGAACCAUGAAAAGAUCGAUGUUGAUCUUAGUAUUUUGACAAAUUCCAAAUGGUUCUUUCUGAGAUGUAGAGAGGAGUAAAUUUCCUACACACAAAAGAAGUGUAGAAAACAUUAGCGAGGUUAAUCACUCUCGUUGUUUGAAUCUUUAAUACUUGAACAUUCUGUUUUUAAACAACAUUAUUAUACGUUUUUAAGCUUUGUUCUAAUAGUGACUCCAUUUCUGUAAGGGAAAUAUACACAUAGAGGCACAUACUAAAUUUUAUCCACAUUUCUUUUGUUUUUCACAUAAUAAAUGAGUAAUGUUCUAAAUAUUAUAUUCGCAUAUGCUUGUUUGUUCAUUUUUAACCUGCUGAAUUUUUUUUCGCCCUUAGUUUAAUUGAUAUUACAUACCGCCAGCAUAGGUUCCCUUCAGGGCGAAUUUUUACCUUUUCACGUAUGCCGUGUCGAUAGCUCACGAGACAACUUAGUCAUGUGAUAACCCACAUCAACAAUAUGUUUCGAUAAAAAGAGGAUAACUUUAUGUUUUUGCAUAGGCAAAUCGAAAUAAUAAUUUUUUCUUGCUUCUUAAAAAGAUUAUAUAUGUACAAAAUACCGCGAGCAUAGGUUCCACCACUCUAUGUAGUGACAGCUUCUGAAAAAAAAAUCAAGUUGGAAACUGUUUUAAUUUUUUCUUUAAUUCUAAAAUAAUUUCACACAAGUGACCUUUUACAAAGAACAUUCAGAUUUUUUCCGAUUUGUCAAGAAACAUGAUUGCCAGAGAGUGAGGUUGCUUCCAUAAAUAUAUAUUGUGGAAACUUUAAAAAUCUUCUUGUCAAAAACUGCCUGCCUGAUUAAACAUAAUUUUACACUCACUAACAUUUUCAUUCUAACCAUUUAGCAAGAUUGUUCCACUUAUUCCAGUUUGUCAAAAAUAGCUAAAUAACUUCUCUUCUUAAGCCAUUGGACAGAUUUUGAAAUAAUUUACAAGAAAUGUUGUUUGGGUGACAAUCUGGUUAGUAUUGGGCCAGCAUGUAUGUCUUGUUAAUUUUUUGCAUAUUGUCCUAUUUUGAUAUCUAAUGUAGGACUAGCCAUGUGCCCUGUUUGAAUAAAUUUAAGCAGAAGUUAUUUCCCUUUCACUUUGUGCAUACUUUUAUUGUAUUAAUUUAUUAUGUACUUUCAGUUUAUGAUUACUUUAUACUUGUAGUUAUUGCAAUGUUGGUACUUUUAGUCUCUUAAGAUAAUUGUUUUCACUCUGUAUAUAGACAUAUAGAAUUCAGUUAACUGAAAAUUUGUUUUAUCUGCUAUAUAUUUUAUGUUAAUAUUUUUCAAAAUAACCCAAACUUGCAUAUUGAAAUCAUCAAUAUUUGGAGGAGGGGCAUGAAGUACUAAUUUUUAUGGACUUGCAGUUGUGUCAGUCCAUGAAGUUAAACAAGCAAAGGUCCCAUUUUUUUUAUCUUGGUAAGUUGAAAUACAUGAAAUCUUAUUCCAACAAAAUAGCCAUUUUUGCAAAACGAGGAAAUUUAAAUAGAGAUGAAAUGAUAUUAUUUUGACAAUUUUUGAUCAUUGCCUGUAGAAUUCUUUUUGUGAUUUUUCUAGUGUUUAUACUUUCCACAGCAGAUAUCACACUAACAUGAUUAUGUUAAAUGAAUUAACCCUUAGCCUGCUAAAUUUCUAAAAUGGACUGUUCCAUCAUUCAGUUUGGGCAAUACCAUUUAUUAUUCGAAGGGGUGUUCACUGAAAAUUUACUAACUGAAUAGCCAACAGUGCAGACCAUGAUCAGCCUGCACGGAUGUGCAGGCUGAUCUUGGUCUGCACUGGUCGCAAAGGCAAAACCAGUCGCCGCCAGCAGGCUAAGGGUUAAAAUAUGAAAGAGUAAACUUCGUUUGUGCCAAAUAAAGGACAGCUAGAUUGCUCAGGUUUUGAAAUUAAAUAUAUCGCAGUUCAUUCAGAUAUAACAUAUCGGAACAUUUUAUUGUGGCAUUAUUUGCAACUGUAGAAUGUGAUAUAUUCAUUAUAGUGUUAUAUGGUCCACUGCUGGUAUGGGUGAAUUAAACAUUUCUUAUGUAGGUUUAAGUAUGAUAAUUGUGAAGAGGAAAUUUACAGAACCAAAAGAUCAAUAUCUGUUAGAAUUCUUUGUGAUGACAUUUUAUUGUUGGACCUAUGGCAGUCUCACAAGGUUGACUGGAUAUAUAUAUUUUUUUUAUUUGUUCAAGCUACUUGAAGCAUUUCUAGAUACCUUUCUGGUCUAUUUGUAAGAAAAUUGAAAACAAAUCAGUUAUUAAAUAUGCAUAUUUUCACACUGCAUUUUCACUCAUGUAACUUCAUUUUCACUCAUGUAACUGCAUUUUCACUCAUGUAGUUACUUCAUUAUAUUUUUUUCAGGACAUUUUCUGAAUACUUAAAUUCAGAAUAUUUUCUGAAUACUUAAAUUCAGAAUGUUUUCUGAAUAUAUAAAUUCAGGAUAUUUUCUGAAUACAUAGAUAUUUAUUUUUAUACAAGUCAUUGUCUUCUUGUAAACUUGUGUGAAAGUUCUGCACAUUUCUUUGGUGCAGUGAGGAAGAAUGCAGGAUCAACCUUCAUUUACCUGGUAGUUUUAACUAUGUAUCAUCUUUGUAAUAAUCAAUGUAUCUGUAUUGUUACAUUGAAGAACCAUUGUUGUGACUGGUAAUAUUGUGAGCGUGCCUUCUGAAACCCUCGACUGUAUCAGCAUGCAUUGCACAAUUAUUCAGAUGGCACAACCACCUUUGUUUGUAUUAAAGUAAAAUGUUGAACCGUGAUCACUUUGUGUCAAACUCCUGUCAUCAACACUUUGACUAAUAACACUGUAGAGUUCACAAUUUAAGCUAAAUCUUAAUGAAACUUGGUCAAAAUGCCUUACCCUUGCAUGAUCGUAAGAGGCGACUAAUAGGGUCUUAACACUUGGCUUUGCUAAACUCUGCAAUUCCAGUUGGUAUGCAAAUUUUGAUUCCAUACCUCAUGUUUUUAUUUGUCUAUAUAAAUGAGAUAUGAAACCAAAAUUUGUUGUCCUGUUUGGCGCCAUAUAACCUAUAAUGUGUUGGUGUGCCAUAAAACCCAAAUAAAAAAGAAACUCUAAAUAAAACCCUGGAAGAAGUUGAGGGUCAUCUGGGCUCAGAAACUAGCCCACUAGGUCAAUUAAUAGGAAAACCUUGUUAUCACAGUGGAGGUCAUUCUCUUGUUUGAGUUUGUCAGUGUCUUUUAUGAGGUAAGCAUCACAGAUAAUUGAUUCGUAUGAUGUUCUAACAAGUGGAAUGUAUGGAACAGAACCACUUUACUGACAGGCCAGUGUAAAAUAUAAAGUCAUAACCUCAGAUUUGUUUAUUCAUACAAGAUAUUAAAUCUUUUAUAAGUAUUUAUAACUUUUGAAAAAUGAAAAAAACAUUACACCCAUGACAAUUUCUAUGUUUAAAUCAGUUGGUUUCUAGUGAAAUAAUCAUCAUCAUUGAAUACAUGAUUUAAGAUGUACUGAAAUUGAAUAUUUACCUAUGUAAUUGUUAAAUAAAUUGAAGUUUGGAAUUCACUGUGAUAAAAUGUGUUUCAAUGCCCUGUUAGCAUUCCAGUUUGAAAAUAUAAUAAAAGGAGAAUUUGUG